AUGGCGAGCAGCACUUCCUUCAAGAAAAUAGUGGUCAAGAACCCGGUGGUGGAGCUAGAUGGCGACGAGAUGACCCGCAUCAUCUGGAAGGACAUCAAGGAUAAAUUCAUCCACCCGUACCUGGACAUCGAUCUCAAGUACUACGACCUGGGGCUCGAGUACCGGGACGAGACGAACGAUAAGGUGACGACGGAUAGUGCGGAGGCGAUCUUGAAGUACGGGGUUGGUGUUAAGUGUGCGACGAUCACGCCGGAUGAGCAGCGGGUUAAGGAGUUUAAUUUGAAGCAGAUGUGGUUGUCUCCCAAUGGAACAAUCAGAAAUGCUCUUGGAGGAACCGUUUUCAGAGAACCGAUCGUGAUUCCCCGAAUUCCACGCCUGGUUCCGGGCUGGAAGAAGCCCAUUAUCAUCGGUCGACACGCAUUCGGAGACCAAUACCGAGCCAAAGACCUCGUUGUAAAAGGCAACGGCACCUUGAAGAUGGUAUUCACCCCCAAGGGUGGAAAGCCAGAAGAAAUCGAAGUCUACGAGUUCAAGAACGGAGGCGGGGUUGCGCAGACGCAGUAUAAUACCGAUGAGUCGAUUACGGGGUUCGCGCAUGCGAGUUUCAAGCUGGCGCUGGCGAAGGGACUGCCGCUUUAUAUGAGUACCAAGAAUACGAUUCUGAAGAAGUAUGAUGGGCGGUUUAAGGAUAUCUUCCAGGAGAUCUAUGACAAGGAGUAUAAGACCGGGUUCGAGGAGAAGAAGAUCUGGUAUGAGCACAGGCUUAUUGAUGAUAUGGUUGCGCAGAUGAUGAAGAGUUCUGGGGGAUAUAUUAUGGCUUUGAAAAAUUAUGACGGAGACGUCCAAUCCGACAUCGUAGCCCAAGGCUUCGGCUCCCUAGGCCUCAUGACCUCCGUCCUCAUCACGCCCGACGGCAAGACCUUCGAAUCCGAAGCCGCGCACGGCACCGUGACCCGACACUACCGCGAGCAUCAAAAGGGCAACGAAACAUCCACCAACCCGAUCGCCUCGAUCUUCGCCUGGACGCGGGGACUCGUGCAGAGAGGAACCCUGGACAAUACGCCCGAGGUGGUGGCCUUUGCCGAGAGUCUCGAGAAGGCGUGUAUUGAUACGGUGGAUAUCGAUGGUAUCAUGACGAAGGAUUUGGCGCUGGCGUGUGGGUUGAGUAAGAGGGAGGAUUGGGUUACGACGGGGGAGUAUUUGAGCGCGGUCGAGAGGCGGAUGAAGAGUUUGUUGAAGCAGAAGUUGUAG